UAUAUAUACGUGUCAACCAAUUGGAGAAGGGGUUGUUGCAGGCAGGACUGCCUAGGCCGCGGCCAUAGACAGCCUCGGUCUUGCGUGGAAAUGCAACCGACGAUUCCCGGGGAGGGAAUCCUUGUAGGAGAUAAAGUAUACUCGGGAGUAACGCUGACUUUAGACAACUGUCUUUUGCCACCGGAACGACUACAUAAAAGUCCGUCUGCUGAACAUGGCCUUUCCCCGGACACAGAAGAGCAGCUUCGAAUACGGGGAUGCGAGAUGAUCCAGGCCGCAGGGAUACUGCUGAGACUCCCGCAGGUAGCCAUGGCCACGGGUCAAAUCCUCUUUCAGAGAUUCUACUAUUGCAAGUCAUUUGUCCGUCACUGUGCAGAGAUGGUUGCUAUGGCGUGUGUCCACUUGGCUUCAAAGAUUGAAGAGGAACCACGAAGGGUUCGAGAUGUACUCAAUGUGUUUCACCAUUUAAAGCACAGCAAAAGUGGAAAGAGGACUCGGGUACCCAUGCCUUUGGAUGCUGGCUACAUCAGUAUGAAGGCCCAGGUGAUCAAAGCAGAGAGACGAGUGCUGAAGGAGCUGGGCUUCUGUGUACAUGUUAAACACCCUCACAAGAUUAUCGUCAUGUACCUCCAGGUCCUGGAGUGUGAGAAGGAUACUAAGCUAGUUCAGACUGCCUGGAACUACAUGAAUGACAGUUUGAGGACAGAUGUGUUUCUAAGGUUCAGUGCUGAGACUGUAGCCUGUGCUUGUAUCUACCUGUCGGCUAGGUCCCUACAGAUUCCAAUGCCGGACCAGCCCCCGUGGUUCUUGUUGUUUGGGGCAUCAGAGGAGGACCUCAGGGAGAUCUGCGGGCGGAUUAUGAGGCUCUAUUCCCUGCCACCUGUCUCCUUCCCCAGCCUUCUCCAGCAGGUGGAUGAGUGUCGACAGGCCCUAGAUGCCCUAGCUGCCAAGGCUAAAUUGUGUGAGGGGGUGUCACUGUUGGCUGUGGGCACACCGACCCUGGACAUCCCCUCAAGCUUCUCUCCUUCCUCCAAAGCAGUGUCCCCUGCUGUAGCACAGCCUAAUAAAGAGUCUUCGCUCACUAAUGGAGAUGGGAAGACAAAAGUGAGUCGAAGUGAUGAAAGAAGAGAGACUCAUUCCAUCACCCCUCCGAGGCGCAGACGCAGUCGUAGCGUGUCGUCUACCUCACGCUCCAUCUCUCCCAUUCAACGGAAAAAACAACUAACUCAAGAGAGGGAUCGAGACAGAGAUCGGAAACGAGAAAGAGAGCGAGAAAGGGAGCGAAGGAGAGAGCGCGGACGAGGAAGGAAGGAUGAAUUCUCACACAGAAGAUGACCUUCACAUGGUGACAUGGAAUAACAGAUCAUGGACCAAAUACAAAGCCUUAUUUCUUAGUUUUAUCAAAUACUUCACUUUUGUACAUUGUCUUCAUUUCAUGGUGAUUUGGGAAACUAUGCUCUGCGAUCAUAGACCAAAGAUGAACAAUAUUUUGGAAUAAAAUGUUUUUU